GUGAUAGCGACAAUGGUCGCUCAAACAAUUGUGAUAGUCGGCGGUGGCAUUAUCGGCUGCACAACAGCUUACUACCUCGCCUCGCACCCCAAAUUCGACGGAUCUUCUACCACCAUUACUCUCAUCGAGGCAUCAAAGAAUGGCGUGGCGCAGGGCGCCUCUGGAAAAGCCGGCGGGCUCGUGGCGAAGUGGGCGUAUCCGAAGGAGCUCGUGAACGUCUCAUUCCCAGAACAUGUCCGCCUUGCGGAGGAGCAUAACGGCACCGAGCGCUGGGGCUGGCGUUUUGUAAACUGUGGCAGCUGGGAAGGCCGCGGUGAGUUGUCUGGUGAGUCUGGGAGCGGGGUCGGGGCGGGCGGAAAGCGGAAGAGCCUGGAGAAGACGCUCGGGCUCGACCCCGACGAGGCGAAGAAGCAACGAGCAGCGACCGGACUACCGGACGACCUCAACUGGGUGGAGCCUGCGUUGACAGAAGCAUACUCGCCCAUGGCGCCGAAGGGGGCGACCGCCCAGGUGCACCCGUACCUCUUCACGACGAGCAUGCUCGAACUCGCACAGGCACACGGCGUUGCGCUCGUGCAGGGCAGGGUCACCGCCGUCAACGUCAGCGACAGCGGGAGCACGCGGCGCGCAACCGGGGUCACCUACACCGCACCUGGUACGGACGACCCGCAGAUCCUCCCCGCGACACACGUCAUUCUCGCCGCGGGCGCAUGGUCGCCCAAGAUCGUCCCCGCGUUGCCCAUCAUCGGGACGCGCGCGCACAGCAUCACCAUCCGCCCGACGCCCGGUACGCGCAUCGCGCCCUAUGUGCUCUUCACCGAGAUCGCCCUGCCGGGGGCAGGCGUGCGCGUCAGUCCGGAGAUCUACGCGCGGCCGACGGACGAGGUGUAUUGCUGCGGACCGGGCGACGACUCUGCGGUGCCGGACACGGUGGACGACGUCGUCGUCGACGCAGAAGCUUGCGACAGCAUUCGGGAGCACGUCGCGAGUAUAUCCCGGGAGCUGCGCGAGGGCGAGGUGGAGCGCCGCCAGGCGUGCUUUCUUCCGGUCGUGAGCACCGGCGGAGGGCCGAUUGUGGGCGAGGCGAAGGAGAUUGCGGAGGGCCUGGUCGUCGCUACCGGACAUACGUGCUGGGGAAUCUGCAAUGCUCCAGGGACGGCGAAGGCCAUCGCGGAGCUCGUGUUUGACGGGAAGAUCAAGUGCGCAAACUUGAACAAGCUGAAGCCGUCGCAAUUCUUGUAAGCGUAGAGGUUACUCGCGUGCGCUUUUUCCCUCGCGCCUUUUCUCCGAGGGCUCGAGCCCCUGUGGAAAAAACUCAGGAGCAGGACACGUCCAACGACGACGACGACCCGAAGUUGUAUCGAUAGAUUGUGCCUUGUAUUCAUAUAUCUCCUUAUAGAUG